GCCCACAGCCCAGCCUUACCUGCGAACUAGCGGAAGUCCGAAGAAGAAAAUCCAAGAACGAAGACAGCUCUGCGACUUGCGACUUCGGGAGUUUGCGACGAAGAAGGCAGGAGCUGGCGCUGUGACCACGACUCCCGUCCAGAGACCUCCAUCUUCGGCCGUCCUUCUCUGGACUCCGGCUCUGCCGCUCUGGCCUCUGCCUCCAGCUCCAACCUCCAGUGAGGCUGUGAAGCCUAUGCCAUCUCCCAUCUUCCCUGGACUUAUCUCGGCUGCCUCCAAAGCCGUUGACAUUGUAUACGGCCAACCAGAUUCCAUCCAUGUAGAGUCUGUGAGACAUGUGCAGGGCACGUCCUACUCAGGUCUAACAUAAGAUUUCUCCCCAUAUUUUCCGUGAUCUCUGUAAAGUGUAUGAAAGUAGAUUUGGUAGGUUAUUAUGGGUUCCUUUUUUGGAAUCCUUCAACGACCCAUGAUUGGUUGGAACCCAUCAUUGCUCCACUGCAGUAAUAAGAAUUCUUCCUGCAGCGGGUUUGAUAAUAAAGUUAAUGAGUUGGGAGUUUUGUACUUCAAAUCUAUGCAACCUAAAUCUGUACAUAGCCAAAGAUCCUUGCUAUCUGAUUCUUUAAGUCAAUCUCAAGAUGGAAAUGAGCAUCCACCAGAAAGAUUAUCCAUUCUUGCAGGCGGGGUUGUGGCUUUGGGUAAGUUUGAUGCACUUCACAUUGGUCACAGAGAGCUUGCAAUUCAAGCAGCGAAAAUAGGAGCUCCAUUUCUACUCUCAUUUAUUGGAAUGGCCGAGGUACUUGGUUGGGAAUCUAGGGCUCCUAUUGUUGCCAAAUGUGACCGCAAAAGAGUUCUCUCGUCGUGGGCUCCCUAUUGUGGUCAAAUGAUUCCCAGAGAAUUUCAAAUUGAAUUUUCAAAAGUUAGGAACUUCACUCCUCGCCACUUUGUUAAGAAGUUGUCAAAAGACCUUGGUGUGCAUGGUGUGGUGGCAGGUACAUUAUAGGCAGUUGUUGCACUUAUGAGAAAACUACCGGUUUGGAUACAAGGCUUCUGGCGAUGCAUCAGACCUUGUAAGGCUGUGUGAUGAAUAUGGUGUGAAAUCUUGUAUAAUUAGUUCAGUUAUGGACAAGAAUCAAGAUCCAAAGCACUUAAAUUUCUAUGACCCGAACGACGUGGGACUGGUUUCUUCCACUCGUGUCCGUUAUGCUCUUUCUAAAGGAGACAUGAAUUACGUGUCAGAGCUCUUGGGACGCCACCAUCGGCUUUUCUUGAAUGUCGGAGACCAAGAAAGAUUUUUUGUAACCAGUGAUGCUAAGAAGUGUAGGUUAUCUGCCCCAAAGUCGCACUUGUUGAAUCUUCCGCCACGGGAAGGCAUUUAUGAAAAUUGUUCCAUUGUUAUUUUUGACAAGAAUGUUGUAUCUUGCAGAGUAGUCAUAAGCUCCUCUGAUAUUCUCUUGGAAUGGGAAAAGCCCCUAAGUUGUUUUACUUGUGAGGAGUUAAGCGUAAUUGGUAUUGACAUUCGUGGGUCUAGAAUUUGAUUGAAGUAAAAUAUGUAAGCCAUUUUUUGUGUUGUUUCAAAGGUGAAUUGAUGGUUUCUAUAACUAAACCGAGUUAUAGAAACCGUGUCUAUGUAUGUUGUAAUAAUAAUAUCGUAAUUUGUUGUGGAGUGUAUUUGAAUGAGGUCAAGUUGGGUCUCAAUGUGUUCAAGUCUUGAAGGGUUGCUUAGGCCCCAUUUACAUAUCAGC